AUGACACGCCAAUCUAAGACACGUCGGACACGCUCACUAGGCGGCUGUAAGACGUGUAAACGCCGCCAUGUCAAAUGCGAACAGAGUCGCCCGGUCUGUCAGACUUGCUCUACACGAGGAUUAGUUUGUGAGGGCUUUUCAGAAGAGGUGCAUUGGAUGCCUGAGAAGAAACUUCGGGGCUCGCAGACAUCGUCAAAUGACAAACGAGGAUAUUUGACUAGCCUCGGAAUAAGGCGUCAUCUAUAUACCGUAUCAGAACAAUAUAGACGUUCAAUGGGGUCUAUAAUUAGCAAAGGUCUCGUCUCGGGAUCUAUCGAUGCUUCUUUGGAGGAGAUUGAUUUGAGGUCGCAGGAUCCUAGCUUUUUCUCUAAGGAUGAAACACAAGUUGGACCUUUCGCAGUGCUGAAUUUCACCAAUGCAUCCUCUUUCAGUGGUGAGGAAGCAAAUAAUGUUGUAGCAGACUCGAUUGAGUCUGGCUAUGCACCCGCUGCAGAUCAUGGCAACCCAGAAUUCGGUCUUUCUUCAUAUCCAGCUGUCGACAUUCCGGGCUGUGCAGAUGAUUUGUUGCAAUGGUCAGAUUUGUUCAGUAUGAGUGAUGACUUCCACGGCACUCUCUCUGGUUCUCCCCUCGGUCUUGGAAGUUCUCUAGACUUUUCUCAACUGGAUUGUCCAAUCACUGCAAUGGGUUCAGCAUUUGAAGAUACCUCGCACCCGCCGCCUUAUCUUGCACAGACCCUAUCUCCUAUAAACAUAAUGGGAGAUGCUUCCUUUUUGCUCAAAAACUUUCAAAAGAACAUUGUUCCUCAAAUGACCGUCGUUCCUCUUGCUAAGAGCCCAUGGAAUAUUCUGAAUGUUCCUACGGCAUUAAUCACACUGGGAGAACUGACCAUCAUGGAAUCUGAAGAUGUCAGCCAUGCCCGACAGGCGAAUCUUUACAGUCUGCUCGCUUGUUCUGCUGUUUACCUAGCAAUGACUUCGUCGGCGGGGACGCUUGGCUCGUGCCCAAGGGAUCAUUGGAUAGCAGUCGCAGAGCAAGCUUAUCAGGAUGCGAGGAGCCAUAUAAAUAUCUCCUUGGUCGAUGAAUCAGGUGGUUCUAAGAAAGCCAAGUUGAAAGAUCAGCUUAUGGCGAUAUAUGGGCUAACGGAAUAUGCGAUAUUCUCCGGUAAUUACUUAGAUGCCCGAAAAUAUCUUAUUGACGCGGAACGUCUUCUGCGUUUUCGUGGAUUGGCCAAACGCAAGAUAUCUCAGAAACUCCGCCUUCUGUUCAAUAUCUACGCAUGGCUCCGCCUUGUGGGAGAAAGCACAUACGUCUUGCACAGCUAUGUUCCAUCGGACUCAUUCAUUGAUAGCCUUAACACCAAUUGCCAGGUUCAAACACCACCUGCUGGUGAACGUUCCACGGCAGAAAUUCACUCGCGCUGUCGUCGAAUAGACGACUUUCUCUAUUUCGAGAACUCAGAAGGCGAUCUCAAUAUUGAUAAACCGAAGGACCGCAGAUUGGACAUUCCCGAUAUUCACUUGCAAGACUCACGAAUAUCAGUUGAAAGUCUCUGCCAACAGGUCUAUGGUAUCCCCGAGACAAUGCUGAGUUUGGUCUCACAAACCACUCGGCUCGCGAAUGUCAUAGAGACCUUGCGGAAUGCACAGAAUUCACUAUUUCAAAUUAGCGACCAUGUUUUAAGGACUUUGGAGCGACGAAGUACACGUCUUGAAAACGUGGUCAACACUUUUAGAAACCGUGAAUUGGCUGCGAGUCUUGGCGAAGACCAAGCCUCGCCAUAUAAACUCAUGGUUCAGGCCUUGAACUCCGCUCUUGUUAUAUUCUUCUACAGAAGAGUGCGACAGGUCCAUCCAGCAAUAUUGGGUGGUCAUGUUGACCACGUUAUCGCCACUUUGGAGGCUUGGCUAUCACUUAUCAAGGAUGGAAGUCCAGUUGGUCCUGGGACUUUGUGGCCCAUUUUCAUCGCUGGAUGCGAGGCUACUACGAUAUCACAACGAGACGCUAUCCUAUAUAUAGUGGAUCAAGCAGGAACUAAGAGUGGGCUUCAACCUUUCAGGACCGCUAAAGAUAUCAUGUCUGAAGUUUGGAGGAGACAAGAUGAACAGCAGGCGGCUAAUCUUGGUGACCCUCUCCCGACUUGGAUGGAUGUUUUGAAAAUGCAAAAACUCUGGCCCAUGUUCUGUUGA